AAUGUAUGGCUUAGGGGCGCAACCUAUGAGUCCAUUUGAAUGCCAGUGUCUGUGUUGAGCCCAACGCUACGUCUAUGAACUGAAAGCACGUGUUUGUGGUUUGAAAACACAUUCAAUACUUUUUGGAUCAACUCCUCAGUGAAGCACUUCUGCAGAGAGGAAUACUAGAGGAAUAACAAUGAGCGAAGCAACGACUGAAGUGAACCCCAAAGCGUAUCCAUUGGCGGACAACGCGUUGACCACAAAGAUCUUCAAUGUCUUACAACAGGCCAACAAUUAUAAACAGCUCAAGAAGGGCGCCAAUGAGGCCACUAAAACAUUGAACAGAAAUCUAUCGGAACUGAUAAUAAUGGCUGCGGACGCGGAACCGAUCGAAAUACUGCUUCAUUUGCCGCUUCUUUGCGAGGAUAAGAACGUGCCCUACGUUUUCGUCAUGUCUAAGCACGCGUUGGGUCGGGCGUGUGGAGUGGCCCGACAGGUGAUCGCCUGUUCCAUCACCACCAACGAGGGCUCGCAACUCAAGCCUCAGAUCGAGACACUUCAGCGCGAGAUCGAAAAGCUCUUGAUUUAGAGAUCCAUUUGAUUCAUUUUAAUCAUUGCCUCAAAUAUUUUAUUAUGUAAUAAAAUUAUUUCCGAUUUCA